AUGUUUGCCAGAAGGGAGUGUGUCCACAUUCUGGAUGAUUCCAUCGCCGAGGACAUUGAGAUCAGUGUUCUGACAAAGAGCCGACGGAAAGUCACCAUCUUGGCGCAAACCUAUUGUAGCCUCUACUCCCUGGCACAGAGUGACCUCUUUGAGGUCUUGAAGAACUAUCCGGCCAUAAAAGAGGAGUUGAUGCGGGAAGUGGAGAGCAGACUGCAGGAACGCCCCUUCUACGAGGAAAAUCGCUGUAGUCCAGCGGGCUCCGUCGACAUAAUCGUGACCGAUGUUAACAAUUCAGCUGAUUAG